AUGUCCAUAAACGAGGAUGAUGUGAAGAUUGAUUCUGAUAAUGAUUUAGGUGAUGAUUUCGAUUAUCAACCGAAUGCAGAAGACGAUGCUGAAGACGACGAUGUGGAUUCGCUGGAUUCUACUAGCAAGAGUGAAGAAGUUUGUGGUGUAAAAAGAAUAGCAGAUUUAAUGGUGGAGGAUAUUUGGCACCUGGAGUUUAGGACAGAGGAUGAGGCCUGCCAGUUUUAUAACGCUUAUUCUUGUUGGCAUGGAUUUGUAAUGAGGAAGGACGACGUGGUUAGGGAUAAUCAAGGUAGAAUCAUUAGCAGGCAACUUGUUUGCAACAAAGAGGGCUGGAGGAAUAUGAGGUAUCUCCAUCUGGAUGAUAGAUCAAGAGAGGCAAGGUCACUAACGCGAACCAAGUGUCCAGCUCGGCUUAGGGUAAAGCUUGACUACAGCUGCGGUAGAUGGAAGGUAUCAUGUUUUGUCGAAUCUCACAACCACGAUCUGACGCCACCCCAAUUUGCGCAUCUGGUUCCGGCCAAUCGUCGUCUCACUGUGACUGAUAGAGUCCAAGUGGAAAAUCUUCAUAAUUUUGGUGUCAGGACCUGCCAUAUUAUGGGGUAUAUUGCGUUCCAGAAGGGUGGAUAUCGUCAUGCUGGCUUCACACGGAAAGAUUUGUACAACCACAUCGAUCGCUAUCGUCGGGCAAAAGUUAAAAACGGGGAUGCCAAUGCGGCAAUAAACUAUUUGAUUGGCAAGUCAAACAACGAUCCACUGUUCUUUGGAAAGUAUACGUUCACUAGUGACGAAAGGCUGGAGCAUAUUUUUUGGGCAAAUGGGCAGUCAAUUAUCGACUAUCACUACUUUAGAGAUAUUGUUGCCUUUGAUUCAACCUACAAGAAGAAUAAAUACAACAAGCCUUUGGUCAUUUUCUCAGGAUGCAAUCAUCACGGACAGACUGUUAUCUUCGGCUCCGGCCUACUAUCCGACGAAACCACAGAGACGUAUAAGUGGUUGUUGGAAACCUUUGUUGAAGCGAUGGGUGGGAAAAGUCCAAAAGCAGUAAUAACUGACGGAGACCUUGCCAUGCGAGAUGCAAUCAAGAAUGUUCUGCCUGAAGCGACCCAUCGGUUAUGCGGAUGGCAUCUGCAGAGAAAUGCAUGUGAAAAUAUAAAGAAUCCUAAUUUCCUGCGCGAUUUUAAGGGUCUUAUAUACGACAACAACGACCAGAGAGACUUUGAUCGGAGAUGGGCAGCCAUUUUGGAUAAGCACAACCUUGUUGGCAGUACCUGGAUGGAAAAGACGUACGAAACUCGUGAGAUGUGGUCCCAUUGUUUCAUCCGAGAUAAGUUUUUCGGUUACAUAAGGACGACAUCACAGUGUGAAGGUAUAAAUUCUCUCAUCAGAUUUUAUGUUAAUCGCAAGAACACCCUCAUUGACUUCAUGCAUAACCUGGAUAGGGCCUUAAAGGAGUAUAGAAACAACGACUUAAUAGCUGACUAUAAGUCUCAAUGCUCAGAGCCAUUGAUGAUUACCUCGUUGGAGGUAUAUGAAAGAUCUGCAUCAUGUUAUUUCACGCGAAACAUUUUCAAGGAAAUUCAUAAUGAGAUUCAGAGGGCAGGGGCUUUGAAUAUAAUGAUACUAAGCACAACCUUGGACAAGGUAGAGUUCAGUGUGACUGCUCUCGGAGACCCGGCCAAAGAUCGACGGGUGGAAGUCGAUAGAGACUUUGAUGAAGUCCAGUCUGAACUUGUCAAUUUAGUUAUCCACUUGCAGUCACGCAAACAAGGCAAGUCAACUCCUAAUGUUAACAUGGAAGGCAUCAACGAUCCAUUUGUUGUCAAAAGCAAAGGAGCCCCUUCCAAGAAGUCUUCUUGGAGGAAGAAGAGAGCAUGCUCUAAUUGCCACAAGUACGGUCAUUACUACAAGCGCUGUCCAGAUCUGAUGCAGCAUAGUGUGGAAGGUAACCAUCGCGAUCGAUCAUACGGCAAUGCAUCAGCCAAGGACUCAAGUUUUAGUCCAGAGAGGGUUGCUAAUUCUUCGAGGUCGUUCUCAAUUAAGUCCGAACACUACUCAGGACCUAAUACCAAGCCUUUUAAAAAGGGUGGAACAAGGAAGUUUACGGCGACAGGUAUGAGGAACCGGAAGGGUAAAGACAAUACUUUUGUUGAGUUUCUGAUUGGGGAUUAUGAUGUUAUCAGCAGAUCGAUGUUCGAGAUCCGUUACCAUCGUCACUGCCUUGUGGCAACAAACAAGGAUCUGCUGUAUUCUCGUUGCAGUAAAUUGCGGUUGACUUUUGGGUAA